CUUACCGGCGCCUGCAGACCUGCAUCAUGACAGACACUCCGCCGCGCCUCACGCUCCUGCUCCUGCUCUGCCUGCAGUUUCCAGGUAACCCUUAUGCGUGCUCAAUACAGUGCUCAGAAGGCAUGGUGGAGGGUUCCUGUAGGUGCCAGCCAUGCCGUGCUGAGCAAUACGCUUACAUGAGGGGAGACGAGCACAGAUGUGAGGACUGCACUGGCAGCUGCUCUGAUGAAAAGGUGGAGGUGGCUCAUUGUACAAACACUACUAACCGGGUAUGUCACUGCAAGCCAGGCUUCUAUUGUCCAAGCCCAACAAAAGUAGACUGUAGGAGAGAGUGCUUGGCAUGCAGAGGUGGCUCCUUCUCCAACACAACCUCCCUCGCCACAAGCUGCCAGAGUUACACAGAUUGCGCCAGGCAGGGCAUGGUGGUGAUUGCAGAAGGAACAUCUACUCGCGACCGGGUGUGCGGAUGGUCGAUGGCGACCUCUGACCCCAUCCAUGCACCCGCGGUGCCUGACACGCCAGCCCUGAUGACCUUUUUAGCUCCGAAUAGCAUCCCCAGUACCAUCAGCACCACCCUGGAGCCCUUAGAAACUUCUAAGGCUAUUGAGAGCAAAUCUCAGCAACAAACUACAAGUCAGUCUCUCUGGAGUUCCCUCAAUAUUGGUCCAGCUUCGAGCACAAAGGGCAGUAUUGUUCUGCAGCCCAACACUCAGAGCUCAGGGCAAUCCACCUGGGUCGUGCUGCUUCUGCUUGUGAUGCUCUUUUCACUGGUUCUGAUGUGUCUCCCAGUAUGGUGCAAACGCAAAGCCCUGAAAGACAAACUGGACUGGCCGAGUCUCGCGUUCUGGAAAUGCUACUUGGCGUCAGCCAGUGCUCACCAUAAGGUGGAAACUUCAGUACCUCUGUGUGACAAGCUGGACAGCGAAGGAGGUCAGGACAUGGGGUCAGGGUCAUGCCCCCACAGUCAUCAGCAGGUCACCAUGGAACACGGCGGGAAAGGAGAAAGAAUCCACAAUGCAGUGGGAUCCAUUGUCAUCUACUCCCCGGGCAUGGUGAUCCUGGGCUCCAACUCCAGCGAGAGGAAGGAGGAUGCUAGGGAAGGGGGUGAUGAACACCUUCUGGUGACGGCGCCGCAAAAAGAAUCCAGCUGCGUUCCUCAGGAGGACUCCCUGGGACUGGCCAUGCAGGAGGAGCUUGGGAAGGAGCUCAGCUUCCCUGUCCCAGCCACCGGCAAGUGAGCUCACCUGGGCAGGACGCUGAUGAUGGCUGGAUGGGCCCCAAGCUGCUCAUCUUUACCACAGAGCACCUGGCGGAUAACACUGGGAGCUUUGGUCUGUUAGAGUAAAGACUCUUCAGGACUGUUGGAGAGGGAUGAACAUGGGCACUGUUCAUCUGUUAUGAAUAGUGACGUGUUGACACUUUUAUCCCAAGUGACUUAUAAUUCUGACUGAACACAGCUCAUGCAAUUGAGGGUUAAGGGUUUGGCUCAGGGGCCCAAACAAUGACAAGUUGGCAGUGGUGGAGCUUGAACUGGCAACCUUCUGAAUACUAGUCACAUCAUUUCAGCACUGAGCUACCUCUGCCCAUAAUAGUGUAUGUGACUGUAUCUUUGCGUGUUUAGUAGGUAGGCUUUGACUUUUA